CACUUGGUAUUCGCACACACCCACCUUUUAAAUUCGAGCGAGCGAUUCUAUGGGUUAGAAUGACUUCUGCAUUACGCAUGCACAAGUUGCAGGUACAUAACCAGCAUCCCUGUUCCCAGACAAACUGCAUAUUACAUUGUUCUCUGUCCAACCUGAAAACAAAGAAGUUCAGAUAGUUUGGCCCCGAUCGACGAUCACUUGAUCUAGGCGAUGGCCACGGAGUCUCCCCAGCUGUUCCUGUGCCCUAUCUCCAUGGAGCUAAUGGAGGACCCCGUCACGGUGUCCACCGGCGUCACCUACGAGCGCCGCAGCAUCGAGCGGUGGUUCUUCAAGUACGGCAAGACGACGUGCCCUGCCACUAUGCAGCGCCUUGCUUCCUUCGACCUCACGCCCAACCACACCCUCAAGCGCGUCAUCUCCACCUGGCGCGACCGCGCCUCCUCGCCGUCGAGCCCCACCGACGCGCUGGCGCCCAUGGCGCGGGAGAUGCUGCCGUCGGUGCUCGCCGGCAUUGAGGCCACGCCGUUCAAGGUGACCGCCCUGAAGAGCCUGAGAUCCUGCAUGGCCGUAGACGAGGCGGCGCAGGACGACUUCGUUGCCCGCGACGGCAUCCAGGUGCUCGGCCGCGUCAUGGCGCAGGCGCUGGCGGAGAGCAGUGCCGGCGGGGACUUCUCGGCGUUCCGGACGUGCGAGGAGGCAGCCGCUGUUUUAGACACGCUCCCGCUCUCAGAAAAUGCGUCAGUAGACCUGGUGCUCAAACCGGAGUGCAUGAGGCCCAUGGUCGCGCUGGUCCAGCGCGGCAGCGCCGAAGCGAGGUUGCACGCCAUGUCCAUCCUCGACAAGGUCUCCAAGGCCAGUGGCGGCCGCAACUGGGCCGCAGUCGUGGACGUAGACGACAUGGUGAAGUCCCUCCUGGACCUUCUCUCCGACGGGGCCUCCUCGAAGCUCAGCUCGCGCGCGCUCGACGUGCUCCUCGAUGUCACAGCGCGCUCGCCCUCGAGUGGGCGAGCUCGCCGCGGCAAGGACGUGGUGGAGGUGGGAGCCGUGCGCGUGCUCGUGGAGCUUCUCCCGGACGCCGACCGCCACGUCACCGAGAGGACGCUCCUCCUCCUCAAGCGGCUGUGCAAGUGCCCCGAGGGCCGGCUCGCGUUCGCGGAGCACGGGCUCGCCGUGGCGGCCGUGUCGCGGACGAUUCUGCGCGUGUCCGGGCUGGCCACGAGGCAGGCGGUCAACGUGCUGUGGCUGGUGUCGUGCGCAGCGCGACCCUCGGAGAAGGUGCUGGAUGACCUGGUGACGAGCGGUGGCGUGUCGAAACUACUCGCGCUGCUGCAGGUGGAGAGCUCGGCGUCGACCAAGGAGAAGGCGGGGAGGAUGCUGAGGGUGCACGGCGCGUUCUGGAGGCAGUACCCUUGCUUCCCCGCGGACCUCAAGGAUUACCUCAAGUUUCUCAACUGAUCUCGAUUCUCAGCUGAUCUAUGCAUGCUGUACCAUAGCUCGAUUUGCGAGCCUAAAGAGAAAAUGUUAGGAUUGUGUACAUGGUGGGAACAUUGUUUGUUAGGAAAGAUUGAAGCCCGUGUGUUGAGUACGUAUGAGCAUGUUUGUAGUGUACAGAUUAUAAAUUUUCAAAUUGAUGGUGGUUUUUUCAUCCAUCAAGGAUUCCAUCACUCAUCAAUUCGAGUUUGACUGAACAUAUAUGAUUUUGUAA